GCCGGAAGUGUCCCGCGCAUGCGGCGGGCGGCGGUAGCGGCGCUGGCGCGAGUGGUGGAGGGAGCGCCCGGGCUGGGGUUCAGCCCCGGGGGCAGCGCCUGCGGGGCCCGCCUGCUGCUGCCGCCCGGCCGGGCGUGCCCCGGCGACCACACUGGCUGGCGGGAGGUGGUGGCGACCACUGCGAGGGCACUGCUGGCAGGUGGGCUGGUGGCGGUGCCGACAGAUACGGUGUACGGCGUGGCGUGCCUGGCCCAGGACACCGGGGCUGUACAGAGCAUCUACCGCCUGAAGGGGCGAGAUGGUGGGAAGCCGCUGGCCAUCUGCCUUGGGGAGGUGGACCACAUCCACAGGUACUGCCAGGUGAAUGUGCCAGACGAGCUGCUACGGGACCUCCUCCCAGGGCCUGUGACCCUGGUUUUAAAGCGCUCCGAAGAGCUGAAUAAAGAUUUGAAUCCUUUCACAUCGCUGGUCGGUGUGCGCAUUCCAGACCACUCCUUUGUUAGGGACGUGGCACGAGCUUGCUCCGGGCCCCUCGCUUUAACAAGCGCCAACUUCAGCUCUCAGGCGAGCACGCUGACUGUCUUGGAAUUCCAAGACCUGUGGCCUCAUUUGUCCCUAAUCAUUGACGGAGGCCCCAUAGGGGAUGUCCAGAGCCCAGAGUGUCGCUUGGGGUCGACAGUCGUUGACUUGUCUGUGCCGGGGAAGUUCAUCAUCAUCCGGCCUGGCUGUGCGCUGACAUCGACAGUUGAAAUCCUGAGGCAGAAGUACGGCUUGAUACCAGGAUCGUCUUAAGGCUUCAGGCUGGAAGGCUCUGCAGGGCUGGUAAAGCUGGGCACCGUGUGCCUGUGCGUUCAGAAAACGGGUGAUCAUGGCCUUGUUUAAUGAGGUCGAUGGGUUAUGUUGCGGUUAAUAAAAGAUAAAACAAGAUUAAAAACUCAGAGCAACGGCUGAUGGGUGUCUGCAUUAGUAUCACAUCUACUGUGGUCUGAGAAACCAACCCAAAGACGUGUGCUGCUCUCUUUUUCCUGCUGUCGCAUUCCCAAAUAGCCUCUGAUUUAUUAAUGGCCUUUGAGAUACAGUAAUUCCAAUGUCAUGGUGUUCUCAGGAUGAUGUGGUGACGACAGCGGCUGACCCGCCCUCCCUUUAACACUCAUUCGUUGUGUUGAAAGAAAAGCAAAGAUGGAAAAGAGGUUUUUCCAGCUUUGGCUAUGGUGUCUUCUGGCUGUUUUUCUUUGUUAAAUGCAAUCCAAACCAGCGGCAGGGACAGAGGCAGUGGGGUUGGAUAACCCUGCUUUGGUAGGAAGUUGAA